ACGCAGAAUUGAUGAUACAACUGUAAAACAGCUAAAGAAAGAACAGUCAAGCAGAGAUUGCUAAAAGGGGGCUCACUGCGUAGAAGUAUCCCCUGCCUGUGAUUAUCAACGCUACUCGCUAGUCCCACAUGACCUAUGCCGACAACAAUAGUUUUAUUCGAGCAGAAAUCACUUGUCAAAAUGGAUGAUACGGAGGAACGUCGAACUUUGGAUGCUGAGCUGGCAUGGCUGUUGAGGGAGCAGGUGCCCAAGGACCUCACAGACAUACAUCAAACUCUGAUGGAAUGCAGUAGAAGAUUUCCUUUCAGGAUGGGAUUUGAUGACAGGACAGUGGUCAAACCCCAGCGAAACCUCCUCUCCAAUCCCAAUAACACUGGCCAGAUCAAGUGUGUGGUGACGUUGAUGGGAGAUACACUCUGUGAUGCUGACAUCAGUUUCCGGCACAAGGCUGGGAAGGAGAACCACAUGUUCAAGACCAAAAUCAGCCCUGACAUACAGUGGCCUCUACCUCAGGUGCAAGAAGCAGCCAAUCACCUGGCCAAAGCACUGUCCAUAUAUCACAAGCUCAGUGGAGACCAGACUUUCACCAGUGCCAAACAAGUGAUCCUCAUGUUAGAUGAAACAAUGAAAUUGCUCAACAUGGGUAGGACCAGUCUUGCCUUCCCGAAAAGAAAGUCCAUUGAUGACUUAGUCCAGUACAGUUCUAUGCAAAAUUUUCAUCCGUCAGUGCCAAGUGACGUUGCAGUGAGUUUCUAUGUCCACUCUGCCAAACUCAUCCUGGCCGUCUACCAUCUUCAUAUCGUCAACUCGUGUCGUGAGAUCUCCAGCAGACAUCAGGUUGAGUGUACUGUGCAGUGGCUUAACGAGGCAGUCGUGUUGUUCACCCUUGCUCUACAACAGUGCCAACAGCUCUUUGACAAGUUGAAGGUGUUGGAAAGUGUUCACACACACGGAGAAAAGGUCAGCUGAUGGCGACUACCUGGAAUACUGAACUCACCUCAUAUUGUGAUAUAUAUCCCAGUUAUCAAUACUCGUGAUCAAUGUUAAAGCACAGCUUCUGCCCUUGACUGUGUUGUCAUUACUUGUUAUCACUUUUAAAGAAAAGUUACUGCCCUUGACUAAGUUUUGAAUACUUGAAAUCAGUGUUUAAGUAUAGUUACUGCCCUUGAACGUGUUGUCAUUACUUCUCACUGUUAAAACACAGUUAAUGUCCUUGUCUGUGUUGUCAAUACUUCUUUUCAAUCUAAUAACAAAGUAACUAUCCUUGGUUGUGCAGGCAAUACUUGUUAUCACUGUUAUAACACAAUUACUGCCCCUGACUGUGUUAUCAAUACUUGUUAGCACUGUUACAACACAGUUAUUGCCCCUGACUAGAGUUUGGGGGGAUUACAGAUGAACUACUAUACAGGACAGGAAAUAAGAGGGCUUUUAAAAGUGAUUUAUAUUUUAUGUCACAAAUGUUUUCACCUUUUCUAUGGUUAUUGUACAGGUUGAUAAAAAAUAACUUCUUGUCCUUUUCAUUAAAAUCCCAUUAUGUGUUUCAAUUUAUACUUAACAUCCUGUUUCAUGAAGAACAUUUUAAUGAUCCUUUAAAAUUGGUAGUAUGUACUUGAUAUGGCCUAAUAUUAAAUCAUAGUUUUUCCAACAAAAUUUGAUAAAUGAUGUUGCCAUCAUGAAAUAACAUUGUGUAAUUUGCUAUCAUUUUGAUAUAUAACUAGUGUACAAUCUUUUUAAACAACAUCAUAAAUGAAUAGCGUUAAAACAUUCAUGCUGUCUUAAACUGUAUUGAAUUUAGCACUAUAAAUCAUUUACAGCAUGAUUAGAAUAUCACAUUCCUGGUCAUUCAAUACGUAAUGUGAUAUUCUCUUUAUUAACAACAGAACCAGGAUCAGGAUUCACUGAUAGAACUGUAUAUCAUUUUCAUGUUGACAAAUUGUCUGUUACUUGUUAUUUACAAUUUUAUGUGCUCAAAUAUUUAUUUGAUGAAAAUGAUAUUGAGGACCAAUACCUAUUGUUUAUUGUUAAUUACCAUUUUAAUCCAUUAUGAAAUAUUAGUUUUCAUUUUCUGUAAACAUGACACUGUUUAAUUUGCAAAUAUACAGAACAAAAGGUAUGAUGUGAAGCGUUUGUUGAAGAAUAAACAGUUAUACCUUAUAUAAUAAUCAAGAACUUGUAUUUUAUUAGAACUACUACUGAAUACUUGAAAUCAAAAUAAAU